GGGAGUAAACUCUGGUAGUAAAACGACAGAAACUAGUUGGGUGUCUUGGGGACGAAGUCUCCGCCAUUUCGCUAGAACGGACGGGAACUUGCCGGGACGAAGCUUCUGUAUCUCCUCAUAUAUAAAAAAGAAAAACAGAAUAUUCAGUAACGAGAUGGGCGGCGCAAGUUACUCGUCAGUUGUGAAUUCGUUACGAAUCUCCUCCUUGACCCAGCGAUUGGCCGUGCUCCUCCGCCGCGGCAACCGUGCCGACGACUCGGAGCUCUACUACGUCUUGUUGUUCCUCGCCAGGGAUAUUGAUUAUGCAGUUGCAAAUGAUGAGGUCCCACCCGUAGCUCAAGAUUUGCCUCUUUUGUUCAAGCAGGCAUGCACGAUUAGAAAUGAUCCCCUAUUAGAGGCGGCUACCAUGGUGCUUAUGGUCUCUGUGAAGAAUGCUUGUAAGAUUGGGUGGUUCUUAGAAAAGGAGACUGAAGAACUUUUCACACUCUCUAAUGAGAUACGGAGAAGCUUCUCCAGUCCGGGUGAUAUUAACACCAAACCCAGUAAUUCUCUUUCUGCUAUUAGUAUAAUUAUGGAGAGGUUCUACCCACGAAUGAAGAUGGGCAAUAUACUUGCUUCUCUUGAAGUCAAGCCUGGAUAUGGGGCAUACGUGAUUGAUAUCCAUAUUUUAAAGAAUAUGCCACAUUCGCCCAAAGAAAAAAUUUGGUUAUUUGUAGCACAAACAGAUAACAUAGAGACAUCUGCAUGCAUUAUAAGUCCUCCCAAAGUGAACUUUCUUCUGAAUGGAAAUCCCGUAGACAGAAGGACCAAUGUUCUAAUGGAAACUGGACCACAGUUUCCAACAAAUGUGACUCCAAUUCUUAAAUAUGGAACAAAUCUUCUUCAAGCUGUAGGCCAGUUUAAUGGUCAUUAUGUUAUUGUUGUUGCCUUCAUGAGUGUGAUUUCAUCAUCUGAAACUCCGGUGCUACAUGAUUAUGUUCUGCCUGUUGUAGCUGCAGUUGAUUCAGAUCCUGACAUAGUUGAGGGACCAUCGCGAAUAUCACUUCAUUGCCCAAUAAGCUAUACGCGAAUCAAGACUCCUGUCAAAGGACAUUCGUGCAAACAUCUUCAGUGCUUUGACUUCAGUAACUAUCUUGAUAUAAAUUCAAGAAGACCAUCCUGGCGCUGCCCACAUUGUAAUCAGUAUGUCUGCUACUUGGACAUUUGUCUUGAUCAGAAUAUGGCGAAGGUCCUAAGAGAGGUGGGAGAGAAUGUUGAUGAAGUGAUUAUCUCUGCAGAUGGAUCAUGGAAGGCUAUAAUGGGAAGUGAUGACCAUGUAGAUCAGGCACAUGAUGAAAAUGCCUAUUGCCAGAAAGAAAAGAUUGAAGGGCUAGAAUCUAGCCGAGUCUCAACUUCCCUUCCCAAUGUUUUGGAUCUUACUGAGGAUAAUGAUGAGAAUCCUUCGCAAGGAUUUGGGGAUUGGGACUCACCACCAACCUAUGAUGAGGAGCCCGAAGAAGAUGACUCAUGGGAAGAAGAAAGACCCACGGAGGAGCACGAAAAAGAUGGGGUUUUUCCCAUGUUUGGCGGUCUCUAUCCAAAAGAAGAUGGCCAAUUGGUAGAGGAAGGUCCCACGGAUGUCAUCACCAAUUAUGUAGAGGAUGGCAUCGCCGAUUAUGAAGAGGUUGAAGAAGAUCUUCUAGGUGCAUUACCUAAUUUUAGUGAUGAAGAAUUAGGUUAUGUUGAUUUUCUUGGUGUAGACGAUAUCUUAUCCGAUUCUCAUAACAAUGAUUGUGAUGAGUUUUAUACGGAUGAUGACAAUUAUAUGUUCAUGAGGGAAACAAUGGCUAACCCAUUCUUGAGUACUUUCAUGGCACGUGGAAGGGAGAAGUACGGCAAAUUCGAAGAAUUGCCAAGUGGUGUGUGGGCCCUUUGCAGCAACCAUCAAGAUAUUUCGAAGAGAAAGAACGUCACGCUUAUUUUGGGGUGUUGCCAUGUCUUGAUCUUGAGGAACGGAGAAUGGAACGAGUUGACAGGGCACCCGAAAGACCGUGGAAAAGACAGUCCGAAUUCGAGGAUAACCGAGUUGGAGUACCGGGUUGGGAUCAGCGGAGGAGAGGCUCCACCAGACGAUGGAGCCAUCGGAUCCGCCGGUGUAGAGAGUCGGAGGCUGGUUCAGCACGGCGGUGGCGGUGACUCUGUGGGACGGAGGCGUGCCUGA